GCUAUGGCAAAAUUAGAUUCCGUGCAAUUUAGAGACUUAUAGCUACUUACAAUGGACAUCUCUUUUUUUUCUCCUCUGGCUCCCUCUUAGUCAAAGCUUUAAUGAAGUCCGUUUUUAAUCAACUCAUUCAAAUUAGACCUUUAAUGAAAGUAGGCCUUCGUGUUGAUUCAGAGGUUAGAAGACCUAUUUUCUAUUCAAAGCAAAUGUGCAACAUGUAGGAGCAGUUCUCGCUCUGUCAAAAUGCCGACCUCUUUUCCAUGAAUUAUUUCUCAUUGCGGUUCACUCCCACGGCCACGGAGAGUCUGACCCGCGAACGAGCCUGAGCUUGUCGGGAGCGCGCAGCAGUCAUGCCUCAUCCGUCGCUCGCCUCGCCAGUGUCGGAAAACAGAGGAAGAAAUUCGUCUUUUACCUAAAUUUCUCGUGCUGUCGCGCGAUCACUCGCCCCCCCGCGUGCCGAAGAAGCUGAAAUUUUAACCCAACUCGUCGAUAAUUUGUCAUUAUUAUAUUUUUCCUCCCUCCCCCGUCAGUGAGUGAGACAAAGAGGACAACAAGAUACGAGAGGAGUACAGCUGUGGUGAUGUGGUGUUUGAGGACUCAUCCUUCAUUCAGGUCAUUCCUUUAACUUGAUGCUGUCGACGCUCCUGACGCUGCUCAGUUUGGGGAUGUAAACGCUGGGAAGCCACUUUGACGGACCUGAACUGAUGUGACUCAACAAAGAGUGUUUUCAUUCCCCGGAACAAUGAGCCAUUAGAAGCUCUAAACGUCUUCUGAAAGGCUUGUAAAGGAACUGGCCCAGCUCUGCCAUCCUCCCCCUCCAACAUCCCACUGUGUCACACCGCUGCUAUGUCCUUUCCCCGCUGUGCCCAACCCAUGGAGAGUGCACGCCCACCCAGAUAAGAUGCCUGCCUUGCCCAGCGCCCUGCAUCCCCUCCUGCCCAUCACCACCUCCUCCUUCUCCUCGCGUGUACCUGCUUUUGCCAACAGUUCCUUGAGGCUCCCGAGGCUCCACCCUGCCCCACUCCAACAUGGUGGAUGAGGUAACCACCAUGAAGGAUGAAGUCAUCAACGCCAACACGCUGCCUUGGCUGGUCUGCUCAGGCGUGUCCAUCCUGGCCAACACUUGGAGCAUCCUUAGUGUCAGUGCCAAGCAGAAAAAGUGGAAGCCGCUGGAGUUCCUCAUCUGCACGCUGGCGGGCACGCACAUCCUCAACAUGGCCAUCCCCAUCACCAUGUACUGCGUCAUAACGCUGCGCCGUCAGCACUCCAACUACGAGUGGAACGAGGGUCUGUGCAAGGUGUUUGUCUCCACCUUCUACACUCUCACUUUGGUCACCUGCUUCUCCGUCACCUCGCUCUCUUAUCACCGCAUGUGGAUGGUACGCUGGCCUGUGAACUACAGGUUGAGUAACACCAAGAAGCAGGCGGUUCACACAGUGAUGGGCAUCUGGAUGGUCUCCUUUAUUCUGUCCACGCUUCCCGCCGUGGGCUGGCAUGACACCAUCAACCGCUUCUACACCUCUGACUGCAGAUUCAUUGUGACGGAGAUUGGCCUGGGCUUCGGAGUGUGCUUUCUGCUGCUGAUCGGCGGCAGCGUGGCCAUGGGUGUGAUUUGCAUUGGCAUUGCUCUCUUCCAGACCUUCUCUAUUCAGGCGGGCCACAACGCAGACAAGAACAAAUUCAACGUCCCCACCAUAGUUGUGGAGGAUGCCCAGGGGAAGCGCAGAUCAUCCAUCGAUGGGUCGGAGCCUCUCAAGACGUCGCUGCAGAUCACCUAUCUGAUCAGUGGUAUCGUCUUCAUCUACGACUUUCUGACCGGCUUCCCCAUACUGGUGGUGAGCUUUGCCAGUCUGAAGUAUGACCGCUCCUACGACUGGAUGGUGUUGUGUGUGCUGUGGUGCUCCAUUGCCCAGUCCAUCCUGCUGCCCAUGUUCCUCUGGGCUUGCGACCGCUAUCGGGCCGACAUCCGCAUGGUGUGGGAGAAGUGCGUUGCCAUCAUGUCCAAUGACGACGUGGAUGAGGAAAACAGCCAAGAUGGAGGAAUUCAUGCCGACUUAAUAUAUGACAGACCAUAUGACUAUAGCUCGGCGCCUGAAAUCGUGACGGUAGACCGUAAUGCCAAGUAUGAGUUCUCAACCUUAGAAAGGGGGGUUCUGCAAGGGUAUCCAUUGAGGGAACAACAGGAAGAUAAAAUGCAGUAUUUGCAGGUGCCCCCUACAAGAAGAUACUCCCACGACGAAACCGACAUGUGGACCAGCGACCGGAUCCCCUCCUACCUUCAUCGAUGGGGCUCCACCGAGGACAUGAUAGUGAGUGCCCACUACAGCUCCACCUUGCCGCGCCACGAGAGGCGCAGGAGCAGCCUGGUCUCCUACCACGAGGAGAGCCACCAUCACCAUCACCCGCAUCGCAAGCGGCGACGCUCUGAGGAUAGUAUGCACUCCCUCAAGCACCUGCCACGUGUGGUUUGUGGCGGGGAGCGCUACGAGGAUGAACUGCGGUGCUUCAGCCGCGAUGAGGUGAUCAACUUUAUAGAUGAGACGCCGCUGCCGAGCCCCAGGAGGAGCCCGCGGCGCACAUCCACCAUCUCACUUAUCCCCAAUGUGUAUGAACAACACACAGUCAUCCUUCCUCACUUCCCGCUCACAGACUUCGAGCGUGAACCUCAAGCGCUCAGGCGACUCUCAGAACACAAAAGGAGCAGUAGUCGGGGCAGCUCGCCCGAGGGUUCCCCCAAACCAGACAGACCUGGUGGAAAGAAGAGCCUUGGGGCUUGUGGUUCGAGUAAAGGUCACCGGGAGCGCCUGCAAGACGGGAAAGAGCCGGGAGAAGUAGGUUCACCUGGGCGCAGCCAGCAGACUCAAGGGCACUCUGCCUCGAGGCCCAGGACAGGUGGUGGAGCUGGGGCUGGGGCUGGGGCACGAGCUGAAUGGGGGCAUCAGAAGCACCUGAGCAAGGCUGAGAGUAAAGGAAGCACAAACAGUUUUGUAAGCACACCCUCAGCAUCAUCCUCGGGAUACAUCACCUUUCACUCUGAUUCUGUAGGCUCCACCACCUAAAAGCAAAGUUUUCCCUUAUUAAUGUCAGCAUUAUUACUAAAUUUAUUGUCAUAAUGAAAACCAGUGGAAUAUUGGUGGUUAUGGAAAAGUGACAUACUGGAUUAUUUGGCCUUUUUACUUGUGCCACUAUUAUGUUUUACUAUAUACUGUAUACCACCAAUAAAUAUCUGUUAUGCUAAAUGGCCUUGGGAGUCUUGGACACAUUUUCUGAAUGGGCCUAAUGCAGAUUUAGUAUGUAGGCUGGUGAAAGGUUGGAUGGUCCUAUUAUUCAGCUUUCACAUCACAAAUAUUCACUGAGGACACUUUUUGUUUCCAGCACUGACAUGAAUAAACUGUUUUUAAAUGGCGUGAACAUUCCCACAUCUUGUUUUUGCUGUUUGAUGUUGUUUAUUAUGAAAUGCUUGAUGAAUUGGAGGAGGUAGUUGUUAGGGUGGUGUUUUUCUCUUUCUGCUUUUUCUUUUCUUUUCUUUUUUCUUUUUUUUUUUUUUUGCACUUAAAAUUUGAACUCACAUUGUAUUUAUUUGGCCUGUAAUGGUUUUGUAUUUGGUGGUAUGGACACAUUUGCUUUAAAACCAAACUUUCCUGAAUACUGCCCAUUUACCUUGAGAUUGAUGAUGAUGUAUAACUAUUAACAUUAUUAUUUACAACACAUGCAAAGCUUUUUUAAAGCACCCUAUGUUGAAGUAAUCUGAGAGUGGUAAUCCCAAACUCUUAAAUGCCUAUAAUAGUUUUACAGCUUACUGUGUGAGAUAUUGAGAUAUAACACAAAGACCCAGUUUUGAAAGAAAAUUGACAUGUCAUGUAUAUGUGAAGGAUAUUGGAUUUAUGGUUUUGGUGUUUUUUGUUUUUUUUUUGUUUUUUUGGUUGUUUUGUUUUGUUUUUUGUUUUUUUGUUUAAUGAGACCUUUGCUUAGAACAUUUCCUCCAGUUCUUAUUAUUCCACUGUUUAUGUUAACUUUGGAGAUUAUCAGGCACAACAGGUGCUCACCACAUUGCAUAUUUGCAUACAGUACAUCAGACAAAUAUAGCUAGAAAUGGUGCUUUAUCUUCAUCAACUGAACAUAUCAGCCUGCCUUCAUCUUGUAUUCGUUUCAGUGAUACAUUUAAGCACCAUACGUAAAGCACCAGUAAUGAUUUUCAAAGUAGCGAGCUAAGAGGGAACCUCUAUGAGAUGUCAAAUGAUCCAAAAGUUUAAUAAUCACAGCCUUUAGGCUGACUAGAUGUAGCAUAACUUAAAUGCUGGUGCCAUACCUAAACCCAUUAAAAUGCUAGCACAAAUGAGGAACAUUAAAAUAGAAAUGGAGUGUAUCUACAAAAUAACUUGGUGCAAGUUUUCUGCUUCAACAAAUAGCAGUCAUUAUAUUUGGUAUAUUAUCUCAUAACAUACACAGAGACUGCUAAUGGUCAAAUUCUGGAAGCUUUUUUGAGUGUGAAGUGACUUUUUUUAAACACCUGAUCUAACUAUUCCCCAUGAAGUAAUGUUGAUUAAAUGUAAGCACUCCCAGAGCCUCAGUAAGACAUGCUGUAGGAGAAUAAAAUUUUAGACUUAUCAAUUUUGUAUAAAUAAAUAUUUGAAAAGAGAAUGUGAUUAUUUCACAUCAUACGGAAAUAGCAUCACUAAAUUAUCAGUGACAUACCCCAUAGUUUUGAAAAAUUUUCUAGCAACCACACUAAAAAUGGAAGCUGGAGUGAAGUGCAGCUGACUUUACAAAGCUCACCGUUAUAUUAAUGAAACACUUCCUGUGUUUAGCAAAUGUGACCAGUUGCUGACUAAAAGGACUGAAAACUGACAAAUAAUAGCAGAAUAUAAGAGUAACUGCCAACAUGAAUGUAUUUGCACAAAUUAGGUGUGCAUUCUCAAAGACAUUAUUAAGAGUAUAAAGACAAUAUCAAAUGAAAAUAUCCCCCUUGACAGCAGUGAAACGUGUUUUCACCCAUCUGCAGUCGUUUAAAUGUUUAGUUUGAAUUCUCAUAUAAUAGUGUACCUCACAUCCUGCAGCCUAUUCAAUUGGACAAGUUAUCUGAAAUGUAUAUUGCUUUGGAACCAUAAGAUCAUAUUCCCCUGUCAAACUUUGCUAUGUCAUAGAUUUUUGCAUUUUGUUGUGUUUACAAUAUUAAAAUAUAAUUUUGUAACAUAUUCAAAGAUUUAGGAGUCAAAUAUGAAUGAUGUUAAAUGUUAUGAUUUUCUUGUUCAGAUGAUGACUUUGUUAAAAAAAAGAUAUAACUAAUUAAAUUCACAAGAUGAUGCUUCAGAGUGUGUUUUGCGCCAUAUGCACUGAAUUUGUCAAUGUCACAUGCUUGUUGUGGAGCAGUCGUAUGUAUCUGUUUGAUUGUUUCUUUUCUCCUUUUUGCUGAUUUUUUCUCCCAGGAGUUUGAACCACCAUGGUGGACAUAAUAAAGUAACAUCCUUUCUA